CCUUUUGCACAUCGUAUGGCAGGGGUUGGCGGCUUUGGCUCUGGGUUUAGCGGGUGUUACUCACGAGGCAAGGAUUAUUUGCUCAAAGUUUGAAACCAAACUUCCAAUUGCCCAAUGGCCUUUCUUGCUUCUUCCUCUUCUACUUCUCCUUCCUUCACUUGUUCUUACUCUUCCUCCCAAUUCCUCUCUCGACCCAAAAGUUCUACCCAUCCCUUCCCAACUCUUUUGUCAAUCCCUUGUUUGACCCCAAGAACAAGACCCAACUUAUCUCAAUCUCUUACCGCUGCGGCGGUGAAGAGCGGCGGAAAUGCGGCGCCGUCGAAAAAACCAAAAGAAAACAAUAAACAAGUAGUUGGGAAAGACAUGGAAGAAGUGGAAGUGGAAGUGGAAGUUGAGGAGGAGUUGCCGUGGAUUCAAGAGAAGGCAUUGGACCUUGUUGAGUUCACUGGUUCUGUUACUCAAACCAUUCCUGGACCCAGAGUUGGCACCAGCUCUUUGCCUUGGAUUCUUGCUGCUCCUUUGGCUUAUGCUGGUAUCACUUUUGUCAUUGCAUUUGUCAAGACUGUUAAGAAGUUCACUUCUCCUAGGCACAAAAGAAAGAAAUUGGUUAAUAAAAAUGCAAUGCUUUGCAAAUCAAUAGAUGAGUUGUUUCAGCACGGAAGUGAUGCUGUAGAUCAAUCAGCACUAAAGGGAUCAGUGCAAAAGACAGGUUUUAGCAUGGAGGAGAUUGUGCGCAAGUACAUUAGGUAUUCAUUGAAUGAGAAGCCAUGGACUGCAGAUUUGGUUGGCAGCUUGAUCCAGCUCAGGAAAGUUUCUAUGCUGGAUGAUUCCCAGGUUGCUGAAAUUUUAAACGAAAUCUCAAGACGGAUUGUGCGUGAAAAAGGCCCAGUUGUCAUGGACAUGUCAGGGUUUACAGAAAAAGGAUUUAAGAGGAAACUUGCUGUGCAGGGCCUUUUUGGAAAGGUUUUAUAUCUAUCGGAGUUGCCAGAGUUCUGUUGGAGAGAUAGCUCCUUAAUUGUUAAGGAAAUAUUUGGGGUUACAGACGAGGAUGCAGACAAACUUCGGCUGCACACUUUCUCCGAAGUUGGGGAUAUGGAUUCACUUGAGAAGAUGGUUGAUAGUUCAGAUUCAGAAGAUCCCAGUGAGGAUUCAUCUAGUGCUGUUUGAUUCCAUCAUGCCAUCGUAACCACAAUGAAUUUUGGUGCAAAGAAAAAAUUGAGGAUACCAACAGGGUUCCGUCCCUACCCAAAAACUUACCCACAAUAGAUGUUAGUAAGCAAUGUUGUUCUGGGAUAUUUACUUCCUAAAAUUUUGGUGAGUUCAUAACUUAUGUGGUAGGUCAAUUUCAAAUGAACAUCAAACUUGUGUAAGAAUCGUGAUAUUUUGUAUCUUGGAAUUGCUAGAGUUACUAGGGCAGAGGUGUCAAAUGAGCUGGAUCAAUGUGAACCAUUAAAAAUUAGCUCAAGUAUUAAUGCAUUGUACCAAUUCAGGAUUAUCAUUUAAUGUGUCGUAUCGGAAUGGGUUAUGAAAACUAUAAGAUAAAACCUCACAUGGGACAUUUCCA